AUGUUUGUUGCUCGACGCGUUUCGUUUCUACCACAAGCAUCAUUUAGGGUAUUCAUGGGCCGUCAGCAGACCUUGGGAAAGUUCUUCGAUAUGCCAAAUUCGACAAAAGCAGCCCCACUGCAACAAAGCAGCCUCCAGGAGAUGUGGGGAAAGAAGAAGGCGCCAGCUGCACCUCCUCCGAAAGCAGGAGAAGACGCGAUGGAUGUAGACAAACUUCAGGACCAAGCUGAGAGCUCUAAGCGGAAGGAAACCGCGCCACCUUUAGCGUCGAGCUCUCCUAGGUCAAAGAAACGAAGGAUAAUAGACUCUGACGACGAACCUGAUUCAAAUGACACGCCUCAGGCACCUAGCAGUACUCCGGCAGCAUCUCCUUCCAGCAAUCCUUCAGCGAGGGCGUCUAGCUCAAGCUCAAGACAGCCCCUUAAACUCAAAGGAAGAGAGAAACAAGUACCUGUGAAAGCCCAACCUGCAUCUGUUCCCGAAGAGGAAGGUCCAUCCGCUAGUGAGAGUGAGGGAGAAGAUGAACUAGAGGCAGAGGAGGAGCUGGAAGAGGAAUUGACAACAAACAAAGCAGUCACGACCAAAAAUGCUCAGAUUGCCUUGUCGAGACGAGACGACGUUGACAUCGAGGGUGGUUGGAAAGUUGGCCAACCUGUUCCCUAUGCAGCUCUGGCGAAGGCGUUCUCACUUAUCGAGGCGACAACGAAACGAUUAGAGAAGAAUGCUAUCCUGACUUCAUUCUUGCUGCUUGUCAUUCAGAGAAGUGCGAAGAAUGAUCAUACCUCCCUUCUUCAAGCAGUAUACCUGUGUAUCAAUCGGUUGAGCCCAGAUUAUGUUGGAGUUGAACUGGGUAUUGGGGAGAGUUUGUUGAUUAAGGCCAUUGCAGAAUCAACGGGGCGAAGUCUGGCUGUCAUUAAAGCUGACCUAAAGAAAGAAGGCGACUUGGGUUUGGUCGCAAUGAAUUCCAAAAACAGUCAGAAGACAUUGUUCAAACCAAAACCACUGACCGUUCCUUUCGUCUUCUCUCAUCUCCGUGAUAUUGCACUAUCUUCAGGCCACUCUUCACAAACAAAGAAGGUGUCAAUUAUUACAAAGCUUCUAGCUGCAUGCCAGGACCAUGAAGCCAAAUACAUUGUUCGAAGUCUGGAGGGCAAACUUCGGAUAGGAAACGCCGAACGGUCUGUGCUCGUUGCCCUGGCACAGGCUGCUGUCCUUGCAGAACGAGAACGCUCUGCCAAGAAAUGGAGUCAGGAUCAGCUCGCGACACGACUAGAAGAGGGUACCAACGUCAUCAAAUCUGUGUACAGUGAACUGCCGACGUACGACAAAGUCAUUCCCGCUCUUCUCGAAGUCGGCAUCGAUGGCCUGAGGGGAAAGUGUAAACUUACUCCUGGAGUUCCCCUCAAACCUAUGUUAGCAAAACCGACGAAAGCGAUCGGUGAAGUACUGGAUAGAUUUGAGAAUAAACGGUUUACCUGCGAAUACAAAUACGACGGUGAACGUGCCCAGGUGCACAAACUCGAAGACGGCACUGUCGCAGUCUUCAGCCGAAACUCCGAAGACAUGAGCAAGAAAUAUCCAGAUCUAGUCGACCAAUUGCCAAAAUGUAUCAAGGAGUCGACAAAGUCGUUUGUGCUUGACUCAGAAGCGGUGGCUAUUGACCGAACAACUGGAAAGCUCAUGCCGUUCCAGGAGCUAAGUCGACGAAAACGCAAAGAUGUGAAAGUUGAGGACAUCCAAGUCCGUGUCUGUCUGUUUGCCUUCGACCUUCUGUUCUUGAAUGGGGAGCCUUUGCUCCAACUACCGUUGCAGAAACGGCGUGAACUACUUCGACAGCACUUUGAUAUUGUUCCUGGAGAGUUUGAUUUUGCCAAGUCGUCAGACAGCGAGACCACAGAAGAAAUUCAGAGCUUCCUGGAAGAAAGUGUCAAGGAUGGUUGUGAAGGGCUCAUGGUCAAGAUGCUGGACUCUGACGCAAGCUUCUACGAGCCAAGUCGGAGGAGUAUCAAUUGGCUGAAGCUGAAAAAAGAUUAUCUUGCUGGGGUCGGCGAUUCUCUUGACUUGGUAGUAGUGGGAGGUUACUACGGCAAGGGCAAACGUACCAACGUGUAUGGCGCCUUCCUCCUGGCGUGUUACGACAGCGAGUCCGAAGAAUUCCAAACGAUCUGCAAGAUCGGGACAGGUUUCAGUGAAGAAGCUCUGCAAAGUCACUACGACGCCCUCAAGCCACUAGAAACGACGAAGCCUCGAGGAGACAUUAAAGUUGGAGGCGCCAAACCCGAUAUUUGGUUCGAGCCAAAGACCGUGUGGGAGGUCCUGACAGCAGAUCUAAGCUUGAGUCCCAUUUAUACUGCCGCACAGGGUUUGGUGGAAGACCGAGGUAUAUCUCUCCGAUUCCCUCGGUUCAUUCGAGUUCGGGAUGACAAGUCGGCCGAUGACGCGACUGGGCCGGAGCAGAUUGCAGAGAUGUAUGAACGGCAAGCACUGGCUUCAAGCAACGGGAAAAAGAAGAAAGGUGGCGAAGGUGACGAUGAGUUUUGGUAG